AAAAAUAAUAACUGAAAACAACACUGAAUGUUAUUGCAUACGUAAUUUAACAUCAAUUAAUAAACAAAGCAACAGUUUUUAAGGGAAAUUACACUUUUAAAAAUCGUUCACGGUCUCUUUGUGGCUUUGUGGCUUCGUAUCAGUUAUAAAAAAAAGCACCACUUGUUUAUCUGGCUAGUAUUUUGCCAAUACGCAAAGGAUGUUAACAGCUGAUUCGCAAAGCGACUUUUUUAAAAUUUUAAUGUGGAAUAAUAGAUAAUUUAAAGGAAACUUAAUUCCCUCAACAACCCAAAAAAAAGAAGAAAAAGGAAACCUUGUUUAAAUUUAAUUUACACUUCGAAUUUUAUAUAAAAUGGAUAACAUUUCGAUAGCCUACAAUUCGCUAUUUUCAGUACAUGGUCGUCGCUUUUUAAUAAUUACAUUGUUUGGCAUUUUUGGUUUGACAAUUGCUUAUUACGUUUUCCAAACAAUAGUUUUCGUUCAGAUAAAAGAUGUUCUUAAGAACCUGGACGGAGACUUUGCGAGGAUGAUCAAAGAAAUCCACUCCUUGCGGCAAAAUGUUACAAUAUUGGAAACGGAAACAGAAAACUUGAAGAAGCGAAAUAAAUCUAUGUGGGAAGAGAUAAAAACGGCGUUAGCAGAGAUAAAGAGCGCUGCUGCAAUAAAAUCCAAUGCAAUUUCUUGGCAUAAAAGCCAAUGUUUUAAUAUUGCCUACAUGUUCAUUCCAAUGAUUUUGCUUAUGAUUCCCGCAAUGCGUGCUGACGCAUACCUUUGAAGGCGAAAAUUCCAGGACUUUUUUUCUUUGUCCACAAAUCUGUUUAUGUUUACAUUUUUUUUUGGAUUUAAGUAUAAUAUAGUUUUCAACAAACGAAUUAAGAAAGUUUAAAAUAAAGUGUUUAAUAAAGUAAUCAAUGUAAAAAAA